GUCUGGGAGGAUUCCAUUCCGGAAGUGGGGCGAAGGCCGUUGUGGUCAGUUUGGUCUCCGAGGCUUUGGUCCGUGGUAGGGGGUGGGGGGAGCGGUUCAGCUGACGACAUGGCCGACCCUGACCCCCGCUAUCCCUGCUCGUCCAUCGAGGAUGACUUCAACUAUGGCAGCUGCGUGGCGUCUGCCAGCGUGCACAUCCGCAUGGCCUUUCUCCGAAAGGUCUACAGCAUCCUGUCUCUGCAAGUUCUCUUAACUACAGUGAUGUCUGCGGUGUUCUUAUCCUUCGAGUCUAUCCGCACAUUCGUCCAUGGGAGUCCUGCCUUAAUUCUGAUGUUUGCUCUCGGAUCUUUGUGUUUGAUUUUCGCAUUGACUUUAAACAGACAUAAACAUCCCCUUAACCUCUACCUGCUAUUUGGAUUUACACUGUUGGAAGCUCUGACGGUGGCCAUUGUUGUUACCUUCUAUGAUGUAUAUAUUGUUCUACAAGCUUUUAUACUGACUACUGCAGUAUUUCUUGGUUUGACUGUAUAUACUCUACAAUCUAAGAGAGAUUUCAGCAAAUUUGGAGCAGGGCUGUUUGCUGUUUUGUGGAUUUUAUGCUUGUCAGUAUUCUUGAAGAUAUUUUUUUAUAGUGCGACAGUGGAGCUGGUUCUCUCUGCAGUGGGAGCCCUUCUUUUCUGUGGCUUCAUCAUCUAUGAUACACACUCACUGAUGCAUAAACUGUCGCCUGAAGAGUAUGUACUAGCUGCCAUCAGCCUCUACUUGGAUGUUAUCAAUCUGUUCCUGCACCUCUUACGAUUUUUGGAAGCAGUUAAUAAAAAGUAAUUGAGAACAGUAUACAGAGACUAUCAUUAUGUAAUAAAGUUGAAACAUAAUUAAAUAUUGUUAAA